AUGUCGAGCAUCAUUAAGUCCUUGCCGUCAAAGGAACGUCUAGCACAGGCGAAAAGGCUAAGUUUCCGGAUAUUCGAUCAACACUGGAAUCCCACAGGGAAAAGGAAUCCGGCAAAAAUUUUGACAGCGCCUUUGCGAGGACCAGAAGUUGUUAAAUACUACGGCGAUAAUAGCUCGGUGCCCACGUUUCAGGAUUUCAAGAAAUGGUUUCCCGAAUUGAAUUUGAUUGACCCGAGAGAGGCCCAUCGGACUUUUAUGGUUCAGGAUAGGAAAAGAAGGAAUAAAGGUGCUCCAAAGAAGAAAAAAUCGUGA